UCUACUGCAGAAAUUUGCAACACAGUCCUGAGAGUUCUUGUCAAGACGUCAUCAUGCCGUGGGUGCUCUCGUCCCGGCCACAUCAGCCAUCCCCAUCCCCGUCCCAGCGUCACUGCGAGCGUACCGCCUUUGCCUUCUACUGCGCGGUGCGAGACCAACUCCCGCCGUGGCUUCUGGAGGACAUGCGCGGCAUGGAGGUGUUCCUUUGGGACGACGGUCACCCGCGCGCCUUCUCGCCCGGAGACGCCCUUAUGUACGCGCUGGUCCACGAUCACAGAGACUAUGCACGCUAUCUCCUCCGAAGCUUCUCAGUGAAGGCGCUACAGGUGUCCAAAUGCAGUGUGUGCCGAAGCGCCGGUUCAGCGCAUCUGCACGUGGCAGUGCGCUACAACCGGACGGUCAUCCUGAGUCUGAUGGCAGACGCGUUGAAGGAAUCGGCGACUGAAGCGUGGCGGCGGGAGUACCUGAACAGCUGCGGCGGGUGUACGCAUGGGACGGAUGCAGGCAAGACGGCAGUGCAGUUGGCAGUAGAACUGUCACGUGCCGACUGUCUGUUGCUUCUUCUGGCGCAUGGAGCACGGCCCCACGCUCUGGACGCGGCGCUGGUGCGACUCGCUGCUUCUGGUGUGACCGAGCGCCGUGACGCCAGGCGCUGUCUGGACCUGCUGCUGCUUUUCACACCAGAACCGGUGGCUCUGCACCGCCUGAGGGACGAACCGCAGAGAUGGCAAAGCCUCCUAGGACGGGACGUGUUCAGCUGGUUGAGCGGUUUGGUCCCGCCGCCGCUUCUGCUCCAGGCUCUUCGGACCCUAGCCCAGUCGGUCCCAGGUCAAAUGAGCGAGUUGCCUAAUUUCCUUCAGCCACAUAGUGAACUGAAACUGGACUUUCCAUUACUGUGGAAACAGACUGAAAUAUGAUACUGUUUGCGUUGAAACGGUACUAGUAUUGGUGCCGAUACAGGACUAAAAUGACAUUAACAGUAUCGGCGAAUGCUAAGAAAAAGACGUGCCAAAUCUGCGCAAUAUGUACCUUUCGAAAUGUAGUUUCCAACCAGCCUACCCAAGUAUGCUGGCAGCUAUGUAUGCCACUGUCAAGAAAGGAGGAAUUGUCACUUGUCCAAUCAGCCUUCUUUUGUGAAUUAAAAUGAGUUUAUCACUAGUUGACUUCCAAUCCUUUUGAAUUAAGAGGGUGGCAGCUAAUUAACAUUCUUCCAAUCGCUGCCACACCUCCCACUUCAAAUGGAUUGAACGCCUAGUGCAGUCAACGGCAGCCACUGAGUGAGUAGCAGAUGCUUUAACACUGAUAUUUUUUUAGGAAAUAAGCUACUUAUGACAUAAUGUGAAUGUCAAUGCAUGUACGUUGAUGGGAUUGUUGCCCCUUCCAACAUGGCCAUGAAGGAUUGUUUUCAUUUUUCUGCCAUUAAUUGAAAUGAGUUUAUCACAAGAAGACGUCUAAUCCAUUUGAAGCUGGUUGGUUCAUUUGCUGCCACCCUUCGCUUUCACUUGAAAUGGAUUGGACAUCUAGUGCCAUGGCAGACAAUGAGGUAAGCAGUGUCUGACCAACUCAAGAUAGCAAUUACUGUACUUUCAAAUGAGUAUUCAUUAAUUUACUAUUAAAAGAAAAAAAAUACUGUACAUAUUUCUUCAAAAAACAUGGUAUUGGUACGGUAAUCAGCCAAUACCACAAAACUGGGGAUCGGAAUAAGUAUCGGGAGGUUUUUUUUCCUUUAAUGGUAUCGGUGCAACAAUAGUGAUAAUAAAAUGUGAGACACUCAGCUGACAGUGGAGUCAAGAGAUUCCUGUUGAAAUGGUGGAUUUCGCGGUCUGGCCCUUGUUGUCUCUGCUGCUUCAGAGUUCCAAACUUUUUCCUCAAUCUGUUCUGGUUCAAAUGAGUUGGAACUGGACUUUGUUACUGUGAAAACACACUGAAACAUACUGUUUUCAAGGAUAUAAAUAAUAUCAGGGUUGUCCUAACCAGUCCUCAAGGGCCGCUGUGGGUCCUGGUGUUAUUUCCUACUGAUUGAGCACAGACAUUUUAACCAAUGAUUUUUCUGCUAAAACAAGCAGCACCUCACUGCUAUCAUCUGAUUACAUGUAAGACUCAAGAUUGGUGAAAAGGUGUUGUCUUGUUUUUUUGGAAUGAAAUCCAGCACCCACUGUGGCCCUAUGUGGAAUAGUUUGGACACCCCUGAUAUAAACAGUUUUGCAAUCUUUCAGAUCAUGAGCCAAUGCAUAUUAUUGUCUUUCGAUUGCAUAAUAAAG